AUGCAGUGGAAGGAAGGAUAUCCGUUAGACUUCAAAGAAGCUCUCAAAACCCCGUCAGAGGCUGAGAUAUCGCGCCUCAUGUCGAGGUUCAGCCAAACACCUCGCUUCGUCUACGGGGCCCUGAUGCUCCCAACAGUUCUGAAACACUUUGUCUCUAUGCCCCAACACGCCAAAGUCGACAUGGUACCAGCCACUCUCCGCGGGUUCAAGCUCUACAAAAUCGCAGAAGGCGGUUUGCCAACCAUCGUUCGGUCAAAGGGAGAGACCUCCGAAGUCGAGGGGAUGCUUAUUUUUGGACUCGACGACGAGCAACGAAAUAGCAUCUUUGAGCUCGAGAGCGGAGGCGGCCUGACAGAGUAUACGGCUGUCCAGGUUCAGGUUCAUCAGAAGGAUGUCGUCGGUCGAUAUCGGGUCAAGGACACGAGGUCUUUUGAUGCAGGAACGUUCAUUUGGAGUGAUCAUACUACUCAUUUGUUGACCGCGGUAGCGACAUCGUCCUGGGAUCUGGAUGAUUUCCUUGCCGGUCAAUUUUACGAGAAUAUCGUGAAGAUUCAGAACAGGUCGUAA